AUGUUUCAAAUCCAGCAACGUAUCCAAGUCACCCAACAAGCCAAAUCAAGCAGCCUCGAUUUUAACCUUCUGGGCGCAGCAACUGCCCAUCUAGAAGGUAUUGAUAUUCCGUGGGCGGGAACAGCGUAUUCACGGCCUAAGCCACAUGAUGCGCAGGUGGAUGGAGGAGUCUCAGGAUUUGCUAGGAGGGCGGAAGAUGAGGGGAAGCGGGGGUAUAAAACACUAGAGCGGAGGCAAGGCAAGGGGGUUGUAAUGUUGGGGGAUGUGAUGUGCUUGGUGGAAAUAACGUUGAAGUACGCCGAGUACAUUACAAAAAUGCAUAUCUCGAUUGAGAUGUAUUUGAUUCUAGAUCCGCCAGUUUCGCUUGCAUUGAAAGGGACGGAAAGUCUCAAGAACACGAACAUCAAACAAAGGCUCGUCUCCCCUUAUUCCAGGCGCUGUACGGAGUCCACAGCCCGUGGUGGGCCUGCAUCUCAGAUCAGUUGCCGCAUUGCGUCAACUCGUGUGGUUGGUCGAAAUGCACCCAGUGGUAACGAACUUGUCGGGGCAGCGAACUCCUGGCAUCGCGACAAGUAA